AUGGCCUGCCGCGUGGCAGGCGGCAAUAACACGCCCGAGCAGCUCUGGCAGACCAUCCUCAACAAGACAGACACGUCGUCCGAGAUGCCAGCAUGGCGGUGGGAGCCGUACGAGCGGCGGGACGCGCGCAACGCGGCAGAGCUGAGCAAGACGACCAGGCGCGGAUACUUCCUGGACUCGCUCGAGAGCUUCGACGCGGCCUUCUUCGGGGUGUCACCCAUGGAGGCGGAGCAGAUGGACCCGCAGCAGCGGGUGUCGCUCGAGGUGGCGUGGGAGGCGCUCGAGGACGCGGGCGUGGACCCGCGGUCGCUGGCUGGGUCCGACACGGCCGUGUUCAUGGGCGUCAACUCGGACGACUACUCGAAGCUGGUGCUCGAGGACCUGCCCAACGUCGACGCGUGGAUGGGCAUCGGGACCGCCUACUGCGGCGUGCCGAACCGCAUCUCGUACCACCUCGACCUGAUGGGCCCCAGUUCCGCCGCCAUCCUGACGGGUGAGUCGAACGUCGCCCUGGCUGGCGGCGUCAAUGCCCUGUGCGGGCCGGGCCUGACGCGCGUGCUGGACAAGGCCGGUGCCACCUCUCCCGAGGGCUCGUGCCUGUCUUUUGACGACGACGCCCACGGGUAUGGACGUGGCGAGGGCGCAGCGGUCGUCGUUCUGAAGCGGCUGAGCAGCGCCAUCCGGGAUGGCGACAACAUCGUUGCCGUUCUCAAGGGCUCGGCGGUUGCGCAGGACGGCAAGACGAAUGGCAUUAUGGCACCCAACGCCAAGGCGCAGGAGCUCGUGGCUCGCCAAGCACUGCGACGCGCGCGCAUCGACGCCGCCACAGUCGAGUACAUCGAGGCCCACGCGACGUCAACACCUCUGGGCGACCCCACAGAGGUCAGCGCGAUCUCAGCCGUGUACGGGCGCGGGAAAGGGGGCGAAGUCCGGGCAGAGCCCGUCGCCAUCGGUUCGGUCAAGCCCAACGUAGGGCACCUCGAGGCGGGCGCCGGCGCCGUAGGGUUCAUCAAGGCCGUCACGGCCAUCAACAGGGCGACCUUCCCACCACAGGCAAACCUGAAGAAGCUCAACUCCAAGGUGGACUGGGCUUCUUCCGGGACGCGCGUCGUACGAGAGGCUGGCACGUGGCCGGAGCCCACCGGCCACCGCCGCCGGGCAGCCAUCUGCUCGUACGGCUACGGGGGCACCGUCUCACAUGCCAUCGUGGAAGAGCCCGAGUACACAUAUAACAUGGCGACGACGGGUGCGGACCUGCAGCAAGGAGAGGAGCUUGUCGGGCCAGGGCCACGGCAACAGCGAGGCCCUGUGCUCCUGGUCCUCUCGGCACCACAAGAGAGGCGUCUCGCACCAGCCGCCAGCGCCCUGGCAGCAUGGCUUCUGAGCCACGAGGGGGGGAAGGCCAGCCUGUCAGCCAUUGCCAACACGCUGGCGCUGCGCCGGGCCCAGCACAACUACCGUGCCACUUUUGUGGUCGAGUCGCAUGAACACGCCGCACAGGUACUCGACGCGUUCGCCCAGGGACAGCAACAGCAGCAUGAGGACGCCAUCUCGCAGGGCGCCGUCCUUGGAACCGGGGUCAGCAAGGGCGUUGUGUGGGUGUUCUCGGGCCAUGGCGCGCAGUGGGACAGGAUGGGGAUGGAGCUGAUGCGCAGCAGCGCCGGUUUCCGCGACGCGGUGCAGGCACUGGACCCCAUCACGCGGGCCGAGAGCGGCUUCUCGGCCGUCGAGGCCCUCGAGACGGGCGGCUUCACCGACAGGUCGGACCGCGUCCAGGUCAUGACCUACGUCGUGCAGGUGGGACUGGCGGCGGUGCUUCGCAGAAAGGGCCUCGCGCCGUCGGCCAUCAUCGGGCACUCUGUGGGCGAGAUCGCAGCCUCCGUCGCCGCGGGCGCGCUGACGCCCGAGGAGGGCGCCCUGAUCGUGACCAGGCGGGCGGAGCUCUACCGGACGGUCCAGGGACAGGGUGCCAUGUUCAUGGUGGGCAGGCCGUUCGAGCAGGUCCAGAGCGACCUCGCGAGUGAGGAGAGUGGCAAGAACGGCGACGUCGUUGCCGCCAUACACUCGUCGCCGUCUUCGUGCGUCAUCAGCGGGAAGCUGGAUGCGACCGUGGCCUAUGCCGAAAAGCUCAAGAAGAACUGGGCCAAGACGAUGAGGGUGGCCACCGACGUCGCGUUCCACCACCGCGGCCUCCUCAGGCCGCUGUCCGGGCCGCUGAGGGACGCAUUGCAGGGUGGCAGUGACGGCAUUAAGCCAAGGACGCCCUUGGUGCCACUAUAUUCCACCUCGGACGCAGCAGACCCCAGAUCGACGGCCCUUCGGGAUGCCGAGUACUGGGUGCGCAACAUGGAGAGCCCCGUGUUCCUGACGGAUGCGAUCCGGGCCGCCGCGGCGGAUGGCUUCAGGCUGUUCCUCGAGGUGUCGAGCCACCCGAUCGUGUCGCACUCGGUAGGCGAGACACUGCUGGGCUGCGAUAGCGUCGAGGACGAGGAGGACACGGCGGUCGUGGGCACCAUGCGCCGCUCGAAGCCGGCCGAGGCCAGCAUCAUGCAGGCCGUAGGCGCCUUGUACGUCAAGGGCGCAGCCGUGGACUUCGGCACGGCCCUGGGCCGCCGAUGGUCACCCGACGUCCCCGGCACGCAGUGGGUGCAGAAGAGCUUCUGGCGCAAGGUCGAGAGCAGCGGCGCACCCGCGGACGACGUGCUCCGUGCGACGGCAGGCCUCGUCCACGAUGUCAACAAGCACACUCUCCUGGGGCUGCGCACGCCUGUGGGUGGGACGGACACGGUGCUGUACACGACAAGGCUGGACAAGGACACCAAGCCAUUCCCGGGAGAACAUCCGCUGCACGGCACCGAGAUCGUGCCCGCCGCCGUCCUCGUCAAUACGUUCCAUCAUGCCACAGGGGCCAGCACCCUGUCCGACAUCACACUGCGUGUCCCUGUGGCCAUUAGCGCGCCCCGCGAUAUUCAGGUGGUCGUCAACGACGACAAGGUCAAGAUCGCCUCGCGCCUUCGACAGGACCAGCAGGGUGGAGAUGGCGGUGCGAGAGAGAGCACCCCGAGCCGCAGCGGUGGCGGGAACCAGGGCGAUACUAGUAUGUCCUGGGUGACGCACACGACGGGGCACUGGAGGAGCAGCAACGAGGGCGGCGACGAGGGACACAAGGCUGUGAUCGAUGUCGAGGAGGCCAAGAAGCGCAUCAACACGGUGCUGCCGUCGAACUUCUCCACCGACUACCUCGCCAAGGUGGGUGUGUCCGCAAUGGGGUUCCCCUGGGCCAUCACAGAGCACUACGGCAACCUGAAGGAGAUGCUGGCGCGGGUGGACGCAGACCCUAGCACGCCCAACAGCAGUAAUGGCAAAGCAGACACGCUCCCGUGGGACGCGUGGUCGUGGGCGCCGCUGCUGGACGCGGCGACGUCGGUCGGCUCGACAAUCUUCUUCGACAACCCGAAGCUGCGGAUGCCGGCACACAUCGAGGGCGUGGAUUUCCUCGACAGGGACAGGGCCCCGCCCAAGACAGCGUGGCUCCACGUGCAGGAGGCGACGGAAAGCAACGGCGGGCCGGCGGUUCAUGUGAGCGUGUGCGACGAUGAGGGGCGUGUGCUGGUCCGGUUCAGAUCGAUGCGCUUCUCCGAGAUCGAGGGGACCCCGGGUGUCAGCGGAAGCGUCGAGAGUCUCGUGCACCGGCUUGCCUGGGUUCCGGCACCGCUCUCGCACAAGUCAGCCGGCUGGGAGAGGGCGGUGUUGCUCUCCGAGGACGAUGAGGUCCUAGGGCUUUAUGGGAAGCAGCUGGGGCCGAUGCUGAGGAUCCCCGAGGCGGGCAGCGUCACCUCGUUGCAGCUGUCCCCCGAGGGAGGAGAAGACGCGACACAGGCGCAGCUCACAUCCAUCUGCAGCGACGUCAAUAGCAACACGGCCAUCAUCUACUGCCCGGGCUCCGUCUCGUCGCUGGCUUGCGUGCCCGCCCAGGCCGAGGCCUUCAUCAGCAAGCUCCUCGCCGUGACAAAGCACGUGGUCAACAACGCAUCGUCAGCGUCGGCGAGCAACAAGAAGAAGACGACAAAGAUCUUCGUGGUGACCAGGGGCAUCGGCUCGGCGGCCACCACAGCGACGGCCCUCGCACACUCGCCGCUGCACGGGCUCGCACGCAUCAUCGCGGCGGAGCACCCAGACCAGUGGGGCGCGCUCGUCGACGUCGAGGAUGGCGAUGACCAGUUCCCCGCCCUGGCCGUCAAGUACGUGCACGGCCAGGACGUGGUGCGCGUCGAGGACCAGCUGCCACGCGUCGGACGCCUCCAGCCCCUGCCACGCGAGCUCCGCUACGAGCACCAGCAACAGCAACCCAAGGACAACACGCCCACGCCCGCACGCCCACGCACACGCACCCUCCUCCCGAGGCCAGAGGGCACGUACCUGAUCACGGGCGGCCUGGGGGCGCUGGGCCUCGAGGUGGCCGGCUGGCUGGUCGACAAGGGGGCGCGGCGGGUCGUGCUGGUCUCGCGCCGGGGCCUGCCACCUCGCAGCGAGUGGGCGGCGGUGCUGAAGAGCGGCACUGGUAUGACAACGGCCAUUGCCAGGAUCCAGGCCAUGGAGCAGGCCGGCGCGACGGUGUGGGCCAUGGCGCUGGACAUGAGCGCGCCCGACGCGCAGCCGCGCCUGCUGUCCGGCCUCGAGAGCCUCGCGGUGCCGCCCGUGCUGGGCGUCGUGCACGCGGCGGGGUGCGUGGAGGACCAGCUGGUCAUGGAGACGACGGCCGAGUCGUUCUCGCGGGUGCUGGCGCCCAAGGUGGCGGGCACGCUGGCGCUGGACGCGGCGUUCCCGGCGGGCACGCUCGACUGGCUCGUCCUGUUCAGCUCGUGCGGCCAGCUGCUGGGCUUCCCCGGCCAGGCGAGCUACGCGAGCGGCAACGCCUUCCUGGACGCGGUGGCGGCGCGGCGGAGGCGGGCGGGCGACAACGCCGUGGCGGUGCAGUGGACCAGCUGGCGCGGGCUCGGCAUGGCGGCAGCCACCGACUUCAUCAGCGCCGAGCUCGAGGGCAAGGGCGUCACCGACAUCACCGUCGACGAGGCCUUCCGCGCCUGGGAGCACCUGGGCAGCCACGACAUCGACCACGGCGUCGUCCUGCGCGCCCUGCCGCUCGACGAGGGCGACCCGCUGCCGGCUGCGGUCCUCGAGCACAUCGCCCCGCGGAGGACGACGGGGGCCGGCGGAUCGGGGUCGGGGUCGGGCCCGGACGGAGUUGAUGCAGCUGGCGAAGGAGGCGGGGCAGGCCACGAGCAGGGGGAGUCAACACCACGCCCAGCAGGCGGGCCGGAGCUCAAGGAGUGGCUGGUCCAACGGAUCCGCGAGGUUAUCGCCGGCGUGCUGAUGCUCUCUGGGCCAGACGAGGUCGACCCACGCGCUGCCACUGCGGACCUGGGCGUCGACAGCGUCAUCACCGUGACGCUUCGCAGGAAGCUCCAGGCCGCCCUCAAGGUCAAGGUCCCGCCCACCCUGACCUGGAGCCACCCGACUGCCAAUCACCUCGCCACAUGGUUCAUGGAGAAGCUGCAUGUGUCGGGUGAGCCGGCUUGA